CCCCGAGCGGGGGAGAGAUUCCCAGGCCUGGCUCGGCUGGAGAGCCGCCGACGAGGGGGGGGAGGUAGGGAGUUGUUUUUAAUGAAAAAGCUUUAAAUGUAAAUGUUUCUAUUAAAAAAACAUCAGGGAAUGUAACAUUGUUAAAUAUUUACUGCCUUUCACACACACAGGGGAACUAUACGAAGGGAGAGCUUGAGGCCUAGGUCUAGGCUUUAGGCCUAGCUGUAGGCCUUAGGCCGCCGUGGGUUAAUUGUUAAUAUAAAUGUUUUAAUUAUUUAUGUUGAAGCUUUAAAUGUAAAUGUUGCUAUUUAAAAACAUCAGGGAAUGUAACAUUGUUAAACAUUUACUUUCUUUUCACACACACGGGGGAACUAUACGAAGGGAGAGCUUGAGGCCUAGGUCUAGGCUUUAGGCCUAGCUGUAGGCCUUAGGCUGCCGUGGGUUAAUUGUUAAUAUAAAUGUUUUAAUUAUUUAUGUAAAAGCUUUAAAUGUAAAUGUUUCUAUUAAAAAACAUCAGGGAAUGUAACCUUGUUAACCAUUUACUCCCUUUCACACACGCGGGGGAACUAUACGAAGGGAGAGCUUGAGGCCUAGGUCUAGGCUUUAGGCCUAGCUGUAGGCCUUAGGCCGCCGUGGGUUAAUUGUUAAUAUAAAUGUUUUAAUUAUUUAUGUUGAAGCUUUAAAUGUCAAUUUUGCUUUUUAAAAACAUCAGGGAAUGUAACAUUGUAAUUAAAAGCUAUCUGAGGGAAUUAUAAGGGAAUGCUACACUUGGUUAGCCAGGAUAGCGUCACUGAGUCUAAAUGUUUUUGUAGGGUCAUGCCAAGUGUUUGCAGUAGGGGGCGAUGUUGACACACGGACGGACGGACGGACAAACGGACGCACGAUAUAAUCUAUUGGAGUCUGGUCCACUUCGUUCCUACCAGAAGUGCAUAAACCAAUCUACUACGCCUCUUCACAUGCGCGUGGAACGAAUGAUUAUUGCAUUCGUUCUAAAUUUGUAGCUUUCGUGACUGCAAUGAUUCAUACUCUUUGGUUUUUUCGGUAAAGUCACGUAGGUAAAACAAUAAUAAUAAAUAACUAAAACAAUAUAAAUAAUAAAAUAACAAAUCAGGGGGGAAGAGGGGGGCUUAUCUGAAUGUGGUUGCCGGGAAGUGGCGGGGGUGUCGGGGCUAAAAGAGAACAAAUGAGCACAUUAGCUCAGGGUUGUGGCCGGUGUUAGCUGAUAGUAAGCAUAAAAGUACUGGUAAACGCUGGGGAUGUUAACACUCGCGAAAGUAUAAUAUUACCUGUCAAAUAAGAUGGUACAAAUAUGUGUAGUUAAAUAUUUUUUACAUGGUUAAUAACAUCUUUCCAAUGAUUACUCAUUCGUGUUACUUAGUGCAGUAAAUACGUGUUACUUAUUGCAGUAAAAACAACUCAUCGCAUGAACCAUCCUGCGCUCCUAGAAUAUCAACUCUGUCAAUGCAUUAAACGUAAGAUUAUAUAUUUUCUUUAAACAUUCGACUGCGGAGUCACUUGAGUUGAAUUUGAGUGGUGAUGAUUGUGCACCGUGCCUUCAAGGCGCGCGACCCUUCUGCAGUGCGUGAGCUACUCAUCUCUUGCCACGUAAAAUGUUAAACUUUCCAUAUAAUGUCGGUUAAUUUUGAGUAAUUUUCUUCAGUUUGUUGUCCAUCUGAAAAUCCAUAAAUUUAUUCAUUUCAAAGUUCGAUUAAAACGUCCAGUUAAAAGUUCGGUGACAAGGGACGAUUGACAUGGCGCGCAGUCCUCACCAUAGCGCGAGAGGAGGAAUCGCGAGCGCGCGAGGCAAAACUUAAAUAGAAAAUAUUUUGUUGGAAUUAAAUAUGAGUAGUCUUUUGAAGCAUCUUGUCUUGCAAAAAAUUCGAGUGCGUUUUAAAUAGUGUUCAUCAGUAACACUUUUGAAAACCGACAAUCAUCAUAUCUUGCCCUGACCGAACAAUGUCUCCCAAAUGUUGGUUGUUCACUUGUUUAGAAUUAUAAUUUAUAUCGUGAGCAUUGUCGUAUAUUGCAUAAGUAACGUACAUUAAAGAAGUGAUCUUCGUGAUGAUGUAUUAACUAGAUGCAUGUAAGUAUGAACGUUACGGGAGUAAUCGAGCCCAAAGGCAGGCGUGAUAAACACAGUGAGUAUGGAGGCAACUCCCUCACUAGAGCUGAGUGCUGGAUGAUCUCAGCGACGUCCGCUUUCAGUACGCCGCUUCUAUAAUAACCUCGGGCCUGGAGGACGCUCUGUUCGAAUUCGUGAGAGCGCUGAUUUCGGUUUCAAAGAGGCGAGGCGAUAAAAGCGACGUCUUGAGAUGGCGGAAACUGCUCCUGCUCAACCACCAGCUGCGGCUACUUCAGCGCCUAAAAGCCCCAAGAAGAAGCGCGCCGCUCCAAAGGCCAAGAAGGUCGGCCCCAGCGUGUCCGAGCUCAUCCUCAAGGCUCUGGCCAGCAGCAAGGAGAGGAACGGCGUGUCUCUUCCUGCGCUCAAAAAGUCGCUUGCUGCCGGAGGAUACGACGUGGAGAAGAACAAUGCCCGCGUGAAGUUGGCCAUCAAGAAGCUCGUGGCCAAAGACGCCGUGGCGCAAGUGAAGGGCAGCGGCGCGUCUGGCUCUUUCAAACUCAACAAGGAAAAGGCUGCCGCAAAGGCGAAGCCCAAGUCGUCAACGGCAAAGCCCGCAGCUAAAAAGCCCGCGGCAGCCAAGAAGGUGAAGAAGCCCGCGGCAGCCAAGAAGACCGCGCCCAAGAAGUCUCCCAAGAAAGCAAAGAAGCCCGCGGCUGCCAAGGCGGCCAAGAGCCCCAAAAAGGUGAAGUCGGCUGUUAAGCCCAAGAAGGCGGCGAAGAGCCCAGCCAAGCCCAAGGCUGCGAAGCCCAAGGUCGCUAAGCCCAAGACCGUCAAGGCCAAGGCCGCCAAACCCAAGGUGGCCAAGCCCAAGAAGGCCGCGGCCAAGCCCAAGAAGACUGCGCCAAAGAAGUGAAUCCGAUGGGACGACCGACGCUCGAUUCACUCCACCUCAACGGCUCUUUUCAGAGCCACCCACUUCGUUAAAAAAGUGAACCAGAUGCUGCUGCGCUUCAAUUAGUUCAAAUUAACUGUGUAACAUUUCACCCACUCGAUGUGUUUUAAGCAUUGAUGUGAUGGGAGUGAUCGAGCCCGAAAGCAGGGAUCACAAACACAGGCGAGGCGGGUGGCAGCUCCCUCACUCGAACUGAGUGCAGAGUAAUCUCAGCGACGUCAGCAUUCUCGCUGGCGAUUCUAAUCUAAAUCCAGAUUCAAAAUGAUGCAUUCUUGACGAAUCUCCAAUUUUGAUUAUGUGUUGCACCUCUUCAUUCCGUCAUCAUGCUACUGGUGCCAAAUAUGGAAUUUAGUCUAAAAAUGUAUUGAUUCCAGACAGCUUUACUCAAUUUGCCUUCAUUCGCUCAUUCCGCCUUUUCACUUUGUUUUUGUUUUGUAAACAUUGCGGUGCACCAUCUAAACUUCUAUUAAAAUUAAUUUAUAUACGUAAAUAUCGCAUUGUUUGCAAUAUCUUUCUUACUUUGGGAGAACUAGUUGGUGACGUUCACUCAACUAUUGUAUUAUUCACUCCACGUGCAAUCUUGCAACAGAUGGCGUUCCUCUGGCGUUCGCUGCGGGUGUGCCAAUAUCAUUCCAGAGUGCUUCGAAGAAGGGCCAUUGCCCAAAGCGUCGCAUAUUAUACAUGUCAAGGAAGUGUUAUUGACGACGGUGGAGGGUUUUCUUCGUCGCAGAGGUUAAAGGUGGAAGGUUUAAGGCGGAGCCAUCGCGGAGGGCAGGGGUGGUCGGUGACGUCGCCACGCUUCGGGUAUAAAGGCGGCUGCUGCUGCAAGCUGAGCGCGCAGUCUCUCGCGAGGAGCUUUGUCACAA